CACCUGCACGAAAACGAAAGAACCGAAGAACAGUUUGUCCUUUCGGUUUCUUUGCGGUUCUUGUGCGUGCGCCGCAGUCGUGAACACGACCGACCGGCGAUAUGGUGGUGUUAGACGCGCUGCGAUCCAAAAUUUUCUUCAGCAUCUUGAUUAUUGCAAUUGUAAAUGCCCAGCAAGAAAAAGCCCAAAGCAGUAGUAAAAAGGACGAUAAGAAAGAUGUAACCUUCGAAUGUCCGCAGGGCAUGGGCAACGGUAAUUUUGCCGACCCUGCUACCUGCCGCCGGUUUUACCAAUGCGUCGAUGGAUAUCCGUACCUGAAUCGGUGUCCUUCCGGUUUGUACUUCGAUGACAUCCAGAAAUAUUGCACGUUUAAGGAUGAAGCCCGAUGUGGGCCACUGGCAGCAACACCUGCUCCAAGUACGGAAUCCCCGGAAAACUUAGCCAAGAAAUGUGACUUAUCAGAGUGCGUGCUUCCGUAUUGUUAUUGUUCUAAGGAUGGUACUACUAUUCCAGGUGGUUUAAGUCCAGAGGAUACACCACAAAUGAUCCUUCUAACUUUUGACGGAGCAGUUAACCUGAACAACUACGAACAUUACAAGAAGGUAUUUGAUAAGAAGCGCAAGAAUCCCAAUGGAUGCGACAUUAAGGGAACGUUCUUCAUCUCGCAUGAAUACAGCAAUUAUCAAAUGAUUCAACAGCUUGCGAGCGAGUCCCACGAAAUCGCAACUGAAACAAUUUCACUUCAAACAGGUCUCCAAGACAAAGGCUACGAAGAGUGGGUCGGUGAGAUGAUUGGAAUGCGCGAGAUCCUGCGUCACUUCUCGAAUAUCUCCAAGAGCGAAGUUGUGGGUAUGCGCGCACCCUUCCUGAAACCCGGCAGGAACACGCAAUACAAAGUCCUGGAAGACUUUGGAUUUAUUUAUGACAGCUCUAUUGGUGCUCCGCCUUCGACACAACCAAUCUGGCCAUACACACUCGACUACAAAAUUCCACACGAGUGUAAAGCAGGCACGUGCCCAACAAAAUCCUUCCCUGGUGUCUGGGAGGUUCCACUGAACGCGCAUUACGUAGAAGAUUAUGAAGGAGGACACUGUCCUUAUCUGGAUCAGUGUGUGUUGCACAAUCAUGAUGCUCAGGAGGUCUUUGAGUGGCUUCAGGAGGAUUUCAGUCGCUAUUAUGAGCAGAACAAGGCACCUUACAUGAUGCCAUUCCACACAAACUGGUUCUCUAUCAAAGAGUUAGAACAAGGGUUACAUAAGUUCUUAGACUGGACGACAACUUUGCCUGAUGUGUGGUUCGUCACAGUAACACAAGCAUUAACCUGGAUGACCGAUCCAAAGUCCUUGACGCAGUUAAACAACUACGAGGCAUGGAAUUGCCAGAAACGCAAAGAAAACAUUCCGUCAGGCGGCUGCAACAACUCUAAUAAAUGUGCGCUCAAUUAUAAGAACCCCAACUUGAAUUUUACAGACACACGAUAUCUGGAAACUUGUACCGAUUGUCCGAAUCAAUAUCCGUGGCUGGGCGAUGCAGGCGGCACAGGCAUCUCCAACAAAGACAACUACGUUCCUGACAACGUCCGGAGGAAGUAACGCGGUUGCGUGCGCGGUCGAGUAACGCUGACUGAUCGAUUGCAUUGUACUCAUUUAAAUUUUAUUUAAACAAUUUGUGCUCAAUUAUUAAAUCUGCCUUGAUGUUUGUUGAUUUUUAUUUUUUACUUUUGAGUAGAAGUAAGUUAUAACGCAAAUAGGAAUUGUAAUAAAGUUUACAUUGUUAGAUUUAA